CACCGACUCGACAAUGUGGAGCAGACACCACAAACGGCAUCGUGUAUUUUUCCUAGUGUACCAUGAUUCGGGUAUGCAACCUGAAAAUUGCGAAGAGCAGUCAUACGUUCCCCACAGAUCACUAGGGUUAGAUGCGGGGAAAUGGGGUGAGGGAUUGGGGAUAACCGGCAACCACACCGAACUUCAGGAUAUCUAGGGCCAUGUUACAUGGGAACGAUUCCCGGUAUUCGAUCUGUGGGGUUGCCUUAAAGGCAGCGAAGGUUGCAUGCGAGUCUGCCUGUGUUCCCAACUUCUCGAGAUCACCGCAAAGCGCUACUAGCUCUUUCGCCUGUCCCAAGGGGAAUCACUCAUCAUGGAACGAACAGCAGUUCUCCAAUGGUUGUUACUCCUGGCUAUUUCUCAAGUCUCGUUUGCCCAAGUGGACUAUUCUCAAUAUGUGAACCCCUUCAUCGGUGGCUCUGGCCCGUUCGACGGCCUGGCAUACGGAGGAGGAGACAUCUUCGUCGGAGCAGCUCGUCCAUUCGGGGUCGCCAAAGUGGGUAUCGACACGUACGAGCCAAACGUGUCGUUCGCUGUCAUCAACGGCGGGUGGACGCCCAAGGGUUAUGUGACGGGGAUCAGCAUGAUGCAUGAGAGUGGGACCGGUGGCCCCUCCAAGUACGGAAUCAUACCGCAAAUGCCGCUCACUUCUAUCAAGGCGCCCGUGAAUAUCUUGGAUAAUCAGACGUAUUGGCAGACCCGCGUAGGGGACGACAUUGCGGAGGUAGGAUACUUCAAGACUCAGUUCGAAAACGGCGUCAUGGUGGAACUCUCUGGAUCGAAGCACUCCGGCAUCAUGCAAUACUCAUUUCCGGAGGGAAAGAAGCAUGUGCUGGUGGACAUAUCGCAUUAUCUGCCUAGUUUACUGGGCAGCUAUAGCAGUCAGGUGUUCUUAGGGGGGGAGGUUCACCUGGACGGACAGAAGUAUACCGGACAUGGCACCUACGGAGGCGGCUGGAACGAAGGCGCGCCGUAUACUGUCUAUUUCUGCGGCGAAUUCGAGACAGAGCCGGUUCAAGCACGAACAUUUCGCGGGAGGAACACGGACCCGCCCUUCAUGCAGAGAUACCACACGUUCAGCAACGAGCCGGUCGGGCAAGCUACUUUCGGAGACAACAGUUCGUACACGGUAACGUCAGGACCGCUGAACGAUCGCAUCGGAGCAGUGUUUAGCUGGGACGACAGUGCUGCAAUCCAAGUCAAAUCCAAAGUCGGGAUAUCCUUCAUGUCGGUCGAGAAAGCAUGUUAUUUCAAAGACAAUGAAAUUCCAACCUGGUCACUCAACGACACCAUAAAUGCCGCGGUAGCAGAGUGGAACGAUGUCGUCUUCAACAAGAUUCAAGUCCCCACCGACGAAUCUGUUUCCAACCGGACGAACCUGGUCCUCCUCUACUCGUCCCUCUACUUCAUGCACCUGAUGCCCUCGGACCGUACGGGCGAGAAUCCGCUUUGGGAUUCCGGCGAACCGUUAUGGGACGACUUCUACGCCCUCUGGGAUACAUUCCGGUGCACCGUCAGCUUGUACCAUAUUAUCCAACCGGAGGCGUACGAGAGUCAGAUCAGGUCGCUGAUCGAUAUCUGGCGGUGGGAGGGGUAUAUGCCUGACGGACGGUCGGGGAACUGGAAUGGGUUGGUUCAGGGGGGCAGUAAUGCCGAUAAUGUCCUUGCUGAUGCGUAUGUGAAGGGGUUAAGGGGGGAUAUCAAUUGGACGGCGGGAUAUUUGGCCAUGGUAAAAAACGCAGAGGUAACGCCGUACAACACUUUCAGCCCCAUCGACUUCAGCGCGAGCGUCAAGGAAGGUCGGGGUGCCUUGGAUGACUGGAAGAAUCUUGGCUAUGUCUCAGCCGAGAGCACACGGUGUAUUUCGAGGACCAUCGAGUAUGCGCUGAACGAUUAUGCGCUUAGUGUCGUGGCUGCCGGGGAGGCGCCCAAGGAUGUCGAGAAGUAUCUGAACCGGUCGGCGGGCUGGCAGCGGAUAUGGAAUCGUGACGUGGAGAGCUUGGGGUUCAGUGGGUUCUUGGCCCCGAGGAGGAGGGAUGGCGAGUGGAACGUGACGGGGUAUAAUCCGGGGUUGUGUGGGGCGUGUGAGUGGACUUCUAUCUCGUAUGAGGCGACACCGUGGGAGUACUCUUUCACGACGCCGCAUGAUAUGCGUACAUUGAUUGAAUUUAUGGGGGGCGAGGGGGAUUUUGAGCGGAGGUUGGAUUAUAUAUUCCAACCCAACUCCAGCCAGCAAGACUUAUCUUCGAAUGGGGCGAGUAUAACUUCAAUCAUGAACAUUGGAAACGAGCCCGACUUUGCAACCCCCUACCUUUACAACUACCUCAACAAACAACACAAAUCCGUCAACCAAUCCCGCGCCCUAGCAAACCAAUACUUCCACAAUGCCCUGUACGGCAUCCCGGGCAAUAGCGACGCCGGAGCCCUCAACUCCUGGCUCAUCUGGCAGAUGUUGGGCCUAUAUCCUAUCGUCACCCAGCCCGUGUACCUCCUCGAAUCGCCCUGGUUCAGCGAAAUUAACAUCACCGUUAACACCAACGCCACGCUGAGGAUAACGAGUAAUGGAGAUAGCCGAACUUUGGGACAAAAUGGAUAUUACCUGAAAGAGGUCAAGAUUAACGGAAAAGUGUGGGGAAAGAAUUGGUUUGAGCAUGAGGAUGUCAUGGUUAAAGGGGGGAGUAUUGAGUUCACGGUUGGGGAGGAGCCGGUAGCAUGGGAGACGGAGGAGGGGCCGCCUAGUCCUGGACAUUGGACAAUAUGAUAUGGGGGCUGUUCAAGGGGUUGGUUGUAGAGGGAGUUCAGAACUUGACACUCUAAUUGUAACAUUUCGGUAAUCGCUAAUAAUUAACUUUUCGACUUUUCGACUUGGA